GGCAGUUAAAGGGAAAGACAUAAUAUCCACACACCAAACUCCUGGAACAUUGAUUCAGCACAAAUGGACAAGGAGUGUAAUAAGGACAUCCAAACACCAAGGUCAUGAAAUGGCAGGGAGUUUGUCUCCUUCAAUGAAGAAAUCCAUGAUCAUCUUACAGAAGAGUGCUGUGGACAAAGCUUUGAAGCAUGAAGAUGGACGCUUUGACCUAUUCCUCCGUUUCCUUCUUGGCCUCUCUCUGGAGUCUAACCAGACUCUCUUGCAUGGCCUACUACAGAGAGGACAAAAUCAGAUGGGCAAUGAAGAAACAAUCAGUUACAUUAAGGAAAAGAUCAGGGAGGUUCCUUCAUCAGAAAGGGUCAUCAACCUCUUCCACUGUCUGCAUGAACUCAAUGAUCACUCCUUAGUGGAAGAGGUCCAAAGGCUGCUGAGUGCUGGGACACUUUCUGGAGCUGAACUUUCACCUGCCCAGUGGUCAGCUCUAGUGUUUGUGCUGCUGACAUCAGAACAGAAGCUGGAUGAGUUUGACUUGAAGAAGUACAUCAGAUCUGAUGAAGGUCUCCUAAGGCUGCAGCCAGUAGUGGAGGAAUCUCAGAAGGCUCAGCUCAAUAGCUGUGGGCUCACUGAAAGGAGCUGUACAGCACUGGCCUGUAUCCUCAGCAAACCAUCUUCAAAACUGAAAAAUGUGGAUCUCAGUGACAACAGUAUUGGAGAUAUUGGGGUCCAAGAACUCUCUAGCGGACUGGAGAACCCAAACUGUGCACUGGAGACACUCAGACUCUCAGACUGCAGUAUCACAGAGGAGGGCUAUGCUAGAUAA